AUGGUUUGCGACGAUACCUACUCCAGGGAUCAUGUGGAAUUCGAACGAGAUGAUUCCUGCCCUUCAGUGAAGCCUGAACCCUCUGAAGACAAUCAUGAUCUAGAACUGACGUUGCACGCUCUCUUAACGCAGGCCAACGACCCGUCAGAUGCCUCUGAUCCUCUACACUGCGCCAUCGAGAAAGCUAUUUCGGAAAUGGAGCUACCAGAGAUGAUGGGUGAUACUCCCGGUGAUUGGGAUUCUUUGGGUGAUGGGGUGGGUAAUUUCCAGCAUAUUGACGAACCAACCAGCGGUCAAAUUAGCAGCACGGCCCAGCUCACCGUUGAUAGAAUUCUUGCUGAGCAUACACUUCACAGUAUGGAAAGUAAGGACGGUAACAAGAGAAAAUCUGAAGAGGAACUGGAAAUUCACGAAGAUUCAGACGUAAAACUAAAGAAACCAACGAUUGACGUGGCCCACGACCAAUUGCAGCACGAUAAGAUUGAUAGAAAUACCCCCGAAGCCCGAAUUGUUAAAGCGUCCGCUGCCUAUGAAACAUUGUCGCCCGCAAGUUUGUCUCCUACAUCGGACUCAGAGUCCCAAUACAAGCAUAAGAAGCAUCAGCCCUUCGCACUCAAAGUGCCCACCUCGAUGGCGGCGCCCAAACCAACUUUGACUCAAAAAGUCCAUAAGCCUGUGGAUGCUCCUUCCAAGUUCACCGAGGAGUAUACCAUGGCUCAGGUCGCCGAGGUCAAAAAGAGAAUCAUCAACACGCAUAAGCUUCUGCUCAAUUUCAAUUUCCUCAAGGACGGAUACGCACGUACCAGCGUCGAACUCAAGAGGACCCUGCUGAGAUUGAAACAGAGCGAAAUUCAUAGAGCUCAUUUGCUGCAAGAGAACGAGCAGCUCAAGAGACUAGUCAUCGAACAGAGUGAUAAACUGGACAUUCAGGAUGUUACGGGUUGA